AUACCGGAAGAAAGGGAUUCACAACAACACGAGUCAAACACCGAGAAAGAGCUUGAAUUAAUUCCGGUUUUCACCUUUUUUUUCUCGCCUCGUAUCGAAGCAGAGAUGGACGGCUCUGUCCGAGCAUCGUCAGACUCGUCUGCCGGACCUCCACCGUAUUACAGAGGAAAUGAAGGCUCCCUGGUCUCUGCCCUGAAGACCCUGCUGUUCUUCACCAUCCUCAUGGUGACGCUGCCCAUCGGAUUGUACUUCGCAACCAAGGCUUACGUCUUUGAGGGUUCCAUGAAGAUGUCGAGCUCCGACAGCUACUUCUACGCAGCCAUCGUGGCGGUGCUGGCCGUGCACGUUGUCUUGGCCCUGUUUGUUUACGUCGCCUGGAACGAAGGCGCGCCUAAAAGCAAGGGCAAACACGAUUAAGGCACGCCCUUAUCAGCCCCCGAGGCCGGCGGAAACGGACGGACUGCGGGCGGGGAGCCACAGUCCUGUCUCCCGCGGGCAUCAACACUCAACGCUGCACCAUCUACGGACCAGACAAGUCGUCGGAGGGGAGGGGGGGGGAGGAAGGGGGAUCUGGCUCGGCUCCGAAUUUAACCCCGGGGUUAUAGCAGGAAGUCGUGUAUUUUACUUGACGCGGGGGUGCGGAGACCGCAGGGUGCAAUUCUGUUGCGAGGCCCCAGCAGGCAUAAUUUUGUUCCCCCACACAAAAUGGUUCCUUUUGUUGACUGAGGAGAGUUUUUGUUUUUGAAACACUUUGUCCUCAGAUGCUUUUCGGCUCAGGACUCUGAGUCCUUCCUCGGCAAGAGUUAUGCCUGAAUUCAUCUGCACAUGUUUUUUUAUUUUUUUUUUUAUUUCAUCAAUUUGAAUCAAGAAAACGGCUGAUUACUCUGUCCUUAAUUUUCAGUCCACGCCCGAAAACGUUAAAGGUUUCCUUCUGUAUCUUGGAACAAAGUUAUCCUGAUGUCUCGUUGAAAUGACCUCAUUCUUCUCUUUUCAGUCUCAACAGUGUUUUGUCGUCGCUGAUUUUGUCCAUUGUAGUGAGGUGAUUUUUAUAAAACACAUAUUAGAAGUUUUUCUUUUUACGUAAGUUAAUUAUUUGUAGUGGAGAUGUUGAUGUUGGUGUAAUUAAUGUAGAGUUUAUUGAGUUCCUUAAAUAAACUUCCAGUUUAAGGCUUUAAUUGUUUGCACGUUUUCUUUCUCGUGGUGUCAUUAAAGUUCACCGACAUCUGAGGUGUUGUGUGGAAAACGA